CUGUGUGUGGCGUGUGUGUGUAGUUAGGGCUGGUGGUCUAGUACUAUAGUCCUCCAGUCCUUCUCCUCCUCAUGUUCUCCCUCUUCUCCUGCUGCUAUAAAGGUUGGCUGGCGAGAGAGGAGAUCGAUGACUCAAGGCCGCCGUCGAGCACGGGGAGAUCAUAACCACCACGUGCACGACAUGGCGUGCGGCGCAGGCGGCGACGACGUGCAGGCGCACGACAUGGUGAUGCCGGGCUUCCGGUUCCACCCGACGGAGGAGGAGCUCAUCGACUUCUACCUCCGCCGGAGGGUAGAGGGAAAGCGCUUCAAUAUCGAGCUCAUCAACUUGGUCGACCUCUACCGCUACGACCCAUGUGAUCUUCCGGCUUUGGCUUCGAUUGGGGACAAGGAGUGGUUCUUCUACGUGCCAAGAGACCGCAAGUACCGCAACGGCGACCGGCCGAACCGGGUCACGCCGUCGGGCUACUGGAAGGCGACAGGGGCGGACCGGAUGGUGCGCGUCGAGGGCAACCGGUCGAUUGGGCUGAAGAAGACUCUGGUGUUCUACGUGGGUAAGGCGCCCAAGGGCAUCAGGAGCAGCUGGAUCAUGAACGAGUACCGUCUGCCACAUGGCGAGACCGAUCGAUACCAAAAGGAAAUUUCUCUCUGCCGAGUGUAUAAACGCCCAGGGAUCGAGGAAAACUUCCACCUCAACACCACAACAACACGAUCAUCCGGCUCAAAGGCGGCAGCGACGAUGGACAAGAAGCACCGGACGUCGGCGUCGCCCCGCCUGGCGCCAAUGUUCAACGGCGGCCACUCAUCUGCUCUCAUGAAUAAGCCAUACAAUGGCGCAAUAAACACCGGCAUGACAUCGUCUACUGCAGCUCCAGCAGCAACAAUGGCGCUGCAGACGUCAAUGUUCCUCUCGACCGCCUCGCUGAGCUCCACCACGUCGACGGAGGAGGACGGUACAUCGCUCUACCACAUGAAAGGCGCCAAUCCACCUAUAAUGCUCCCUUCUUCCACGCACGCUCUGCUUAAUGCAAACUCAAACGCAAUGGCAACCAUUCCCAUAGAUGAGCUGAGUAGGGCAAUUGGGUCUUACAAUAACGAGGCAAACCCUAACCAGCCCUUACCAUCACAAGGCCCACUGCUUCCUUUCCCUAGCAUGGAAAAGAUUUGGGAUUGGAACCCUCUGCUAGAAUCUCCCAAGGUUUGCACAAGCUUCAAGUAACUUCUGCAUGCAUGAUCUGGGGCUCAAAGCAUGCAUGCUUGCAUGCGUACUUGCACGUAUUAUAUAUGUAUACAUAUGUACAUGCAGACACUUAAUUAUUUGGGCUAGGGCAUGGUUAAUAUGUAACGGAAUAGGAUGAGGUAAUUCUAUGCCCAUGCAACUGCUGCUCCAUGCAUGAAUUAGUUCACAUAGCCUGUGUAACAGUAUGCUAAUUUCUAUUUGAUCAUGCAGAACUCGAUUAGAGACGGAAUAAAGAUUAAGUGGCCUUAUGCAUA